GGAGGCUCCCGCAGCGGUCGCCGUCGGUGGGGUAGGGACCUACCCUGCGUCCCUCGGAUCGGAUCCUUUCUGCGCUUUGCUACCGCGCCAGCCUACCUCGCUCGUCGGCGCCAUGACCACCACCACCACCUUCAAGGGCGUCGACCCGAACAGCAGGAAUAGCUCCCGGGUUUUGCGGCCUCCCGGUGGCGGAUCCAACUUUUCAUUAGGCUUUGAUGAACCAACAGAACAACCCGUGAGGAAGAACAAAAUGGCCUCCAGCAUCUUCGGGACACCUGAGGAAAACCCCCCUUCGUGGGCCAAGUCGGCAGGUGCCAAGUCUAGCGGGGGCAGAGAAGAUUCUGAGUUGCCCGGACCCCAGAGAAGGAACUCCUCCGAAGCGAACUCGGGAGACUUCUUCGAUCUCAAGGGAGAAGGUGACAUCCAUGAAAACGUGGACACAGACUUUCAGGCCAGCCUGGGGCAGAGCGAGGAGAAGCCUGUGCCUGCGGCCCCUGUGCCCAGCCCGGUGGCGCCGGCCCCCGUGCCGUCGCGAAGGAACCCCCCCGGCGGCAAGUCCAGCCUGGUCCUGGGUUAGCUCCCACUGCCCUGAACGCUGUCGUCCUGUUUGUUUGUUUGUUUGUUUUCUCCAUGCUUGUGAGCUGCACAACUUGAGCCUGACUGUACAUCUUUUGGAUUUGUUUCAUUAAAAAAGAAGCACUUUAUGUACUGCUGUCUUUUUUUUUUUGCCCCCUUUUAUUUUUGAAGAACAGGUUCUCUUGAUCUGUCCUGAUUCCUCUGGGUCUGUAGGCCAUGGCAUGGUGUUUUCUAGUAGUAGAUUGGAGGGAAGCUUUGUGACACUUAGUAUUGUGUUUUUAAGGACAAAUAAUUUGGUUCCAAAUCUGUUAGAGGAUCUUUUGUACUGAGCUUUUUAAACCCCUUUUCUUGUCAGCUUUACUUGGGUUUACCAGGCCUUGAUGGACAGGCCCACAAACAGGCCACAGGCACCGUCCCUACGGCCCCAACACAGGGUUGUCUUUAUGCCGCACCUUCUCGGUGUUGCCCUAACUUGUCAGUGCCCUUUGCCAGAAGCAUCUUCCUGUGCCAUAUGGAAAAUAAAAGAGGCCUGCGCCUCAUGCCGAGCUGCCUGCAAAGCAAAGAAACUGCCUUUUCUUUUUGAACCUUACGAAAUAAGCCAGAUACUAACGUGAGUGGCCGAGGAGCAAAGCCUCCUGCUCUCACAGAGGAACCGGCCGACUCCAGGCCGCGCAGCGAGCAAGGGCGGUGACCACGCGGCGGGAGGGCGUCUUGAGUGGACCCGCUGGGGCGGCAGUGCGUAGGUAACUUGAAGCUGUGUGCAUGAUGCUGGUGCUUGACCAUGAAACGAAAAGUCUCAUCCUCAAAACAUGUGUUGUACUUCAG